CGAAGAUCAUGACAGGUGACUAGGAAGUCCACGCAAUCCGACCAGUGUACGAUCCGAAUCAUGAAGAAUCCAGAAAAGCGUGCCAUAUGGAAAGAUAGAUAGAUAGAUUACGAAAGUUGCUUUGAUUUUUGAGCGUGAGAAAGUUAAGAUGGUGAUGUAUCUGGGGCCAGGCCCCUUUCUCAAGAGACGCCAGCAUCAGCUUGAUCCGUUUUUGAAGAAUGCUCUACCGCCGAAAGUACGUGCCGCCUCUUGUGGUAGUAGACAUAUAUAAAGCACUGGAUUUUCGUGCUGCGAGUUUGGUUACUCCCCUCACCUUGCAGCAACAAUGGACCGACCUCCUGCAACUCUGACGGGACCACCAAUGGUAGCCCUUAGCCUCAGCUGCCUUCUGUUUGGAGUGCUCACCGUUCAAAUUUACCUAUAUCACCGAAAGUUUCCUCGCGACCCAAUUUCACUCCAGAUCUUCGUUGCAGUGGUAUACCUUGCCGACACUGUGCAAAUCGUCUUGCUCCACAUUUUCUGCUGGGACGUUUUUGUUACUGGACUAGCCAUCCAGGGGAACUCUCCGACCCCGACCGCGACUGCUGGAGCCCACACUUUUAUAGGUUGCUUAAUUGCGGCUAUGGUUCAGGGUUACUUCGCUUGGAGGAUUUUUUCGUUGCGGAGGGAUAGCGUGCUUGUCAAAGUCGUUGCGGGAAUGAUCAUCCUGCUCGCUUUGAUGCAGAUCGCGAGCGGUGUGGUUGGCGUUGGUUUGUACCUUGGUACGGGCGGCGCAGGCGCUACUAGCGUAGCCCUUCUUCGCAAGCUCGUAAAAUUUCCUCAGAUAUGGCUGAUUGGGGCAGUAGUAUGCGAUCUACUCAUUGCAGUGGCUAUGACAUGGAUUCUUUUCAGCCUCGGACGUGAUUCGUCUGUUCGAACCACCAGGUCCUUGAUUAGGAGUCUCAUUCUUCGAAGUGUUGAAACCGGGACCCUCACCUUUAUUUUCACGCUGUUCAAUUUGGUUUUAUUCCUGCUGUACACGGAUAACUACCUGUAUAUGGUCUUCGACAGGACGUUGUCAAAACUAUAUUCCAACGCAUUACUACUGAGCCUCAACGCAAGGGGCGACACAGACAACACAAACAUAAUCAUAACUUCCAUGACAGACCGGGAAAGAUCUAGGAUCAGUAUCUGGAACGGUUCUGGUUUAUCACCGGUCCAACGUGGUUGCAGACUUACUGCAACUCCAUCGAGCGGUCCAGAUGAGAUUCAUGUUACAAAACAUAUUGAAACUGAAACCCACAUCGAAAGACGUGCAGAGGUUGGUGGGCGUUGAUACUAGUGUACAUGAUGAACUUCAUCUUUUUCUUGCAAUUUCUACAGCGAAAAUGAAGGAUGAACCUGGCCGCACGAACGGAUUUAGUGUAGUGUAAUUAUAUAGCUAACAUUAAUUGUGAACGCUGGCCGAUGUAGCGCCGAACGGCCC